GUGCGGGGCUCCGCGCUCCUCGGGGCCGAGAAGGGAGCGACUCCCCCACGUGAAAACUGGGGAGGGUCGCGUCGCGCCAUCCCUGCCGUUAAUGCCGGUUUUCCGCCCCUGCGCACAGGAGUCCGCGCGAGCGUAAUUCACCUCCCACUGUUUUCAGCGGGAACGAGGCUAAUCCCAUUUGGUGAUUUACCAGCCCGGGGAAGCAGGCGAGGCGGGCGGCAGAGCUCGGUCCCCGCCCCGUUCGGCAGUGGCUCCGCGGCCGCACGAUGUCCGUAACGGAUCAGGCCUUUGUGACUCUUGCUACUGAUGAUGUGUAUUGCCAAGGAGCUCUGGUUCUUGGACAGUCAUUGAGGAACCAUACAACAUCUAGAAAACUAGCAGUACUGAUCACACCAGAGGUCUCCAGUGGAAUGAGGUCUGUCCUGCGCAGCGUGUUUGAUGAAGUCACUGAGGUGGAUGCACUUGACAGUGCUGACUCGGUCCGUUUGGCUCUGUUGCAGAGGCCAGAACUGGGUGUAACCUUCACUAAACUUCACUGCUGGACUCUUACUCAUUAUAGCAAAUGUGUCUUCAUGGAUGCAGAUACCUUGGUGCUUUGCAAUGUUGAUGAAUUGUUUGAUCGAGAAGAGUUUUCAGCAGCUCCUGAUUCUGGCUGGCCUGACUGCUUUAAUAGUGGUGUGUUUGUCUUCCGACCUUCUUUAAAAACUUACAACUUGCUGCUCCAGUUUGCUGCUGAACAUGGCAGCUUUGAUGGGGGUGAUCAAGGCUUGUUGAAUAGCUUCUUCAGCAACUGGGCAACAGCAGAUAUUGGCAAACACUUACCAUUCAUCUAUAACUUAAGCAGUAGUGCAGUAUACACCUACGUUCCUGCUUUCCAUCAUUUUGGUAGAGAUACCAAAGUUGUUCACUUCUUGGGAGCAACAAAGCCCUGGAACUACAAAUACAACCUUCAAACAAAGAGAGUUAUGCAAGAUGGCACCACCUCUGGAUCUUUCCAUCAGCUGUCAUUUCUUGCCCUGUGGUGGAACAUAUACAGUGCCAGUAUAUUGCCGUUGUUAGAAAAGUUUCAGAAGAUGGAAGAAUCAGAAUCUGAGGAAUGGAAGCAUACUUUCAGUGGAGUUGAAAUUACACUGAAAAAAGUUGAUCCUUCUGUGGCCAAUUCUCUGCAAAUGCCUGUAUUUCCAGAGCAGGCAUAUGAAGCAGAUCCUACACCAUGUUCCUCUGAGGAACUCGGUUUCAAAGCUCAACCUGUAUAUGAAACUCAACAGCGUGGUUCCAGCAUUCAUCUCUCUGAACCUGACAGACCUUCCAAGCAACUUGCUUCUCAUCCAGCAUUUCAGGAAACCUCCGAGCUGAAUGAGAUUGCAUCUUCUGUUUCAGAGCUCUCUAUUCACCUCAAACGUGAAGAACCAAAUCCAGAAGAUGAACGGAGAAAAUGGGAAGAAGGGCGUAUGGACUAUAUGGGAAAAGAUGCUUUUGAACAUAUCAAAAAGAAGUUGGACACAUUUUUACUCUAAGAUGAAGUGAACUGUAAUGACUAUCAUGAUGUUUCUUCUGUAAAUAGAACCUUGAAUAUUUGGAUAUCUUCAUAGUUCAUUUGACACCAAAGCUGAUGGAAGACUAACAGAGAUAGACUCUUGUUUUGUUGUUUCUUUUUUUUUUUUUAAUGGUUAUGUGUGCCUCAACUUUAUUGUUCUCUCAUAGUGCCUUCUGAGAUAUAAUGAAUGAUAUUUUCUGAGUAUGAAACUCUCAUAUUUAUCACUUUUCCCACUGUUCUGCAUAAGUACUGCACAGGAACAGUUGUAAGUGAAGUGUAUUGAAAGUUGAGUUUAUUUUACAUACUCUUACCUCUUAACGAGAGACUGCAAAAACUUCUUAAAUUAAAACUUUCUUCUUGAAACCAAGUUAAUGAUUCCAAGGGCAACCAUGGUGUAGACUUCAAUGUGAGAGAAAAGUAAGAUGAAAUUCUGGCCUCAUAUAAGUCUGUGACAAAACCUUUUCAUUUAAGUAUAAUUAGGUAAAGAGUAAAUCAGGACUUCGAGGUCGCUACUGGAUACUCUUACUGUUUUAUAUGGAAACUGCUCAAG